AUGGUCGUCCCAUUUCUCACCGGCAACCGGAGGGGGAGAGUCAUCGGUAUCGCUCUCCUCUUGACCGUCAUCAUAUUCUGGCUUGGGUACCAGUCUCCGAUAGCCACGCCCAGGCAGGAGACGCUCGAUUUACACACUCCAAAAGUUCCCGAACAUGUUACCCCUCACCACCACGACACUGGCCAAGUAGCACACCCAAACACGAACCCGGCAGGCUCUGCCGAGCGCGAAGACGAUGUCACCGAAGAGCAUGGAGCCACGCCUACCAAGCCCAAGACUACCAAGGUCCCUCCGGCAGAAGGUGACGAUAGCGACGUUGGGCUGGCCGACUUUGGGAACCAGUUCGCGACCACUGAAGAGGCCGGGCCGGCUGCCACAGCCAAGGUUGACUGUAUCGGGUUCGAACAGCUGCAGAGACAGAAGCCGGGACCGCACUCUGAAGGCAAGCGCAAGUUCCCAUUUGUGCGCCCGCCCCCCGAGUGCAGGACUUUCCGGCUGCCCGCUCUUGAAGCUCUGCUUGAGCGCAUGAAGAAGGUGAUCAAGGACCCGGAUCUCUACCGUCUGUUUGAGAACAGCUACCCGAACACGCUCGACACCAUGGUCAAAUGGCGUGGAUAUGCCAACAAGACGGUGGAAGGCGGCUCGGGAGAAGAAGGCUCUGACGAGGUGCAGACGGUGGUGACGGACGAGGAGCUCACCUAUGUGAUCACGGGUGAUAUCGACGCCAUGUGGCUCCGUGACUCUGCCAGUCAGAUUUAUUCGUAUCUGCCGUUGCUUGAGCCGUCUGACAAGUUUGAUUCCCUGGCUAGUCUGUGGCGUGGGUUGAUCAACUCACACUCUCGAUACAUUGUCAUUUCGCCCUACUGCCAUUCGUUCCAGCCACCUCCCGAGAGCGGCAUUCCUCCGACGCACAACGGUGCUUUCCACCAGAACAACCCGCAGCCUCCUUACAACCCCAAGCUGGUGUUUGACUGCAAGUGGGAGCUGGACAGCUUGGCUUCGUUCCUCCAGAUCAGCGCCGCUUACUAUACCCGGACCGACGACCUCAAGUUCUUCUCCAGGUACUCCUGGGUCAACGCUGUGGAAGCGGCUGUUGAUGCUUCAGCCGCCAUGCGUCUCGGGACAUACGAUGAGGAGGGACACGUCUUGCCGUCGGCCUGGACUUUUACCGGAUACACCAACCGUGGCUCCGAGACCUUGACGAAUGACGGCCUCGGUAACCCCGUCAAGGAGAACGGCAUGGUUCGAUCUGCCUUUAGACCUAGCGAUGACGCCUGCAUCUUCCAGCUUUUGACUCCCAGCAACAUGAUGUUUGCUGCCUAUCUCGAGCAGGCGUCUGCGAUCAUGGAGGGGCUCGCCGAGCAGAAACUCAACCCCAAGGCUGCUAAUCUUACGACAGAGAUGCGCAAGCUGGCCAAGACUAUCCGCCACGGCAUUGCCAAAGACGCCGUUGUCAAGCACCGCGACUUUGGCGAGAUUUUUGCGUACGAAGUUGAUGGGUAUGGCGGUGCCAACUUGAUGGACGAUGCCAAUGUUCCAUCUCUGCUGGCCUUCCCCUUGUGGAAUUACACCAACACCAAGACCUCGACGACGCCACGCAUGGUCAAGUCUGUGAACAAGAGCCUCGGCGCGCGCAACGGUACGAUUGAGAAGAACUCGGAGAAGGAGAAGGACGAGGAGGAAGAAGCCAAGCAUGACUAUGCCAAGAUUUACCAAAACACUCGCAAGUUUGUGCUGAGCAUGGCCAACCCGUAUUAUGCCAAGGGUCCAGCGCUUUCGGCCGUGGGCGGUCCUCAUCUUGGUCCUGGAAAGGGGUGGCCGAUGGCUGCUACGGUGGCGGCGCUGACGGCGUUUGAGGACCUUGCUGGGUUUUCGGAUGAGGAGAGGGGGAGGGUGGUUGGGGAGCAGAUGUUGAUGGUGCUUAAUUCGACUUCGGGCGCCGGGGUUAUCCAUGAAACGGUGAACGCGUGGCGCGAGUUUGACUUUACGAGGAGCUGGUUCGGGUGGGCUAAUGGGUUGUUUGGGGAGCUGAUUUUGAAGAUUGCGGAGGAUGAGGAGAGGAGGGGGGUUGGCGAGAAGGGGUUGCUGGGGAGGUUGUAUCAAGAGUGA